UGCUCGCGCGCCAGUCUCAAACGCUCUUUGCACCACGACGGUGACACACGACCGAUUCGAGCGAACUCAUAAUAGUUCCAUAUUUAAAUACAAAGUGUUCCAUUUAUAAAUUUGUGUUCCGUUUAAUUUUCCGCGAGUGUUUCCAGUGCACCUGAAGUUCAUAGAUACGAUUUCCACUUUGGCAAAUCGGGAAUUUAAAAGUUCGGAUGAACAUGGACUUGCGCAAAGGAUCUACAUCAAUGCGUUGUUCAUGGAUGUCUUUUUAGCUGGUUUUUCGAAAAAGCUGUUGGUAGCUACGUGUAUACUAGCAAUAAUAAUGUGCCUGACGCAAUCCGAAGCUGCUUCAAUAGCGCAUAAAAGACAUGGAAGGUCGCAAGAUAAUAUGACAAAAUUAACCAAAGAACAAACGCUAGAACAGCCCGAAAUUCAUGCAAAGCAUAAGAGGCGACAUCAGAGGCUAAAUAAGAUGUACGUGUCAAAAAUGGACAAUAUUGUUCGUAAAUUAGAACAUACAUUAGUUGACUUCAAGAAACAUUGGCGCAAUUUAAAUGAAUCUAACAUAUAUAGAAACAGCACUAAGAUUAGACUGCCACAUACAAACUUCACUGAAAUUCUGUUCCGUCUAAAACAUCAAAACAAAUCUCAAUCAUCAUUUGCGGAACGUAGAUUUAAAUAUCUGAUACCGAAGCUAUACAAAUCGUUGAUGAGCUACUACGCGAUCUUAGAAUUCUUAUCCAAUAUAGAAACAACGGCAGUUAACGUAGACUUCGGCAGAUACUUGGACAAACGGAAGAAAUCAUUUCCUGAAAUCACCAAUAAUUUAUAUAGUACUAUGGAAGAGAUCAGAAUCGAUUUGGAAAAUGUCAGUAUGAUAGCACCAGUGAAAGACAACAAGGCUUAUUUAAAAGACUUAAAACAUGUAGUCGAUGAAGGCGAGUGUUAUAAAUACGAUGUAACAGUAUUUAAACGUUAUGACAAGUUUUUGAAUGGGUGGUUCUGUGUUAUGACCAAUUCUAAAAACAGAACUAUAAAACAAAACAAGAAGUGUGCAAGAUUCCAAACCAAUCAAAAAAAGAGAAGGCAACACUGGAGACAGAAGAUAAGAAAGCGUAGGGAAAGACGCUAUUAGCUGGAUGAAAUAUUGAAUAUUCGAUUAAAUUAAUAUUUUUGUACUUAUUUAUUGGCUAAGCUCUCUUAGUUACAUGAAAUGUCACUGAGUUGUCAUUUCUAAAUGUAUAACCAUACGCUAUUUCGUUAAAUAAGUAUUGGGUACAUUUUCUGUGAUAUUUAGUAAUUUUAUUGAAUAAUCUUUAAUUUAUUGAUUAGCUUCUAAGACUUUUUAGUUCCUUUAAACAUUUCCACGUCAUCUCUCUAUUUGUAGUUUGACGUAUUAUUGUAAUAUUUUUUAAUUUAUUUGAAUUUAACUUUCAAAUUUAUGUAUUCUGUAACUAGUUGUGAAUCCUGAUGUAAAUAUGUAUGUUUUUAAAAAACAUUUGUGAAUUACUUAUGAGUAUGCUGUUUAACUUCUUGUUGUAAAGUAUUAUUAGUAGGCAUAUUGAUAUGCCGUUAUAGCCAAGAAAGACUUUUAGCGUAUUUAUUUAUGUACCUUCUAUUUAAAGUUUUAGUAUAUAAAUCGGGACUGUAAAAAAUACUGCAAACAUAAUAUCUCUAUUUAAGUAUUUAUAUAGAUUAGUUUGUUAAAUAUGCCUUGCAUUUCCAAUAUUCUCUUAUAAUUUCUCUUCUUUCGCUAUUCUAAUAUCUUUGGUCUAUAAUAUUCUAAAUAUUUCUUUAAAACAAAAGGUUCCUUUAGAUUUGAAUCUCGAUGUUGUGUUUGCAGUAGAAUCUUACACCCUUGUUUCUAUGAAUUGUGCCGUUAGAUUAAGAAUAGCUUCUUAAAAGAAAAUGAACUGAUAGGUACCAUGUGGACAUUACCGAACAAUGUUGUAUACUAUGUAUGUGAUUAUUUACAUAAUUUUUUGUAACGCCAAUUUUAUUUGCCUUGACAAAUAUGUGACACGUUUUGUUCAGGGAAUAAAAUACA